UUGGUUUCACGUGACGUCACAUUGCUUCUUCGCGAACGCGCGAAAUUCAGAUGGAGGGCAGGAAGUGAAUUCGCGAGGAUCUGCCGUCUGUAAAAAUGCCCAUGUUUUGUGCAGUUUACGGCUGCUCCAAUCGUUCUAACCGUGAAAAAGGAAAGGGUUUUUUCAGAGUUCCAAAGAUUGUCGUCCAUAAAGGUGAGAAAUGUAAAAAGCUCACAGAACAACGACGUAAAAAGUGGAUUUUAAACGUACGUCUGCGGUCGGGAGGAGCAGAGUCUGCUAAUGCCCGUGUCUGCAGCGACCACUUUGUCGGAGGCUGCCCUAGCGCUUUGGUUGACGUUGAGUCGGUAGACUGGGCUCCGACAGUCAACCUCGGUUACCAAAAAAUUAAGCCCAAAUCAGAGGCAUCUCUGCAACGAGAGCAGAGGAUGAAGCUCAAGGAAGACAAACAAAGACGGUCGGAAUGUGCAGAGGCUAUGUUGAAUCUCCAACAGACAGCUGAGAGCCCGGAUCUAACGCAGACAGCCGAGAGCUCCGAACCGAAGCAGUCAGCUGACAUCUCACAGUCAAAGGACAUCAGUGGGAAUGGGACAUUAAAUGAUCAAGACUAUGCAGAUGCCGGAUGCCAGACGGAACUAACGAUGGAUGAUAUUGAGAAAAUGGAGGAUGUUCUGAGACAGAACACAACAGAGCUGGGAGAUCUUCGGACCAAAGCACUGGACUCACAGUUCAACCAGGAGUCCUUUGAAAAAAAUGAAGACAAGACAAAGUUCUACACAGGGCUUCCCAACUUCUUUGUUUUAAUGCAGAUUUUUGAGCUGUGUGAACCCUACAUCACAUGUGGUCCUAUGUCUGUGCUGUCUAAAUUUGAACAGUUCAUCUUACCCACUUUCAAGAGUGCCUGGAACUAA